UUGCCGAACAGUAGUUGUGUUCAUGAAGUUUGGUGCCACGUAGUUAACCUAAACACCGUUAUACUAUACUUUAUCAAUGUAAUUUAAGGGACCCAUUCGGAAACAGCGUGAGUACGCUUUGCAGGUAACAAAAUGAUAUUUUUUUCUAUUUUUUCGAUACUAUCGUUUGUAACUAUGCUAGUCCAUGGAGGCAAACUGCCUGACCCUGAAGUGAAAAUAGAAGUUCUGCAUAAACCACUCAUGUGUUACCGCAAGACAAAAUAUGGAGACAUGCUUCUUGUCCAUUACGAGGGAUUCCUGGAGAGCAAUGGCACCAUGUUCCAUUCCAGCCGCACAGAAGGGGAUAAAAACCCAGUGUGGUUCACCUUGGGGAUCCGAGAGGCUCUCAAGGGCUGGGACAAGGGUCUGAAGGACAUGUGCACAGGAGAGCGGCGAAAACUGACCGUACCUCCAGCGCUGGCUUAUGGGAAGGAAGGGAAAGGCAAGAUCCCUCCCGGCAGCACCCUCAUUUUUGACAUUGAGCUCAUCGAUAUCCGCAAUGGGCCACGAUCACACGAUUCCUUCCGGGAGAUGGAUCUCAACGAUGACUGGAAGCUCUCCAGGCAGGAGGUGAGGGCCUACCUGAAGAAGGAGUUUGAGAAGCACGGCUACUCACCAAAUGACACACAUCAUGAAGACAUGGUAGAGGACAUCUUCAAAAAUGAGGACGAGGACCAAGACGGUUUCAUCUCCGCCAGAGAAUUCACCUAUCAACAUGACGAACUGUAAAGGUUGCUGAAUGUGUUACCUGUAUUUUUUUUUCCAAAGUCUUACCUCUGCUUUAACUUGAAUGCCUUACCUUGGUUUUGUGAAAUGUAUUCAUGUGCCCAUUCAACAUGCACUGAAAAUGUCACCAUAGAUGUAU